UCCUUUAUCACCGCAAUAGCUUUUGCGCGAGUAAGACAGAUGCCGAGUAGAACGACGAGAUGCUGCGUUUUAGAACAAUCAGUUUCUUAUUAAACAUGCGAAUAUUUUACUCUUAAUCAUUUACCACGCUUAAUAUACAGGUAGAUUAAGUACACGUGUGUACCUGAAACUGCUGUUGUUUGCGUUUGUCAUUGAGUUUUAAUCGGAAAGAUCGGGAGCACAGACAGUCAUGUCAGUGACAGGUGAUUUGGACUCGCUGGAAUCCAGUCCUGCUUCUCCUCAUCAGUCCAGUGGUCUGAGUGAAAGGACCCUGACAUCAGAAGAGCUGGAGAAACUCAGGAAUGACCGCGUCUUAGUCUCGGACUUUAAGCAGCAGAAACUCGAAAUGGAUGCUCAGAAAAACUGGGACUUGUUUUAUAAAAGAAACACGACGAACUUUUUCAAAGACAGGCACUGGACUACCAGAGAGUUUGAAGAACUGAAAAACUGCAGAGAGUCUCAGGGGCAGAAGCUGGUGUUAUUGGAGGCUGGCUGUGGGGUUGGAAACUGUAUUUUCCCUCUUCUGGAAGAGGAUCUCAGUAUCUUCAUUUAUGCUUGUGACUUCUCUCCACGAGCUGUUGAGUUUGUGAAGCAAAAUGCCUUGUAUUGCACCAAGCGAUGCCUUGCGUUUCAGUGUGACCUCACUAAAGAUGAUCUCCAGGCCACCAUACAAGUGGAGACAGUGGAUGUAGCCACAUUGAUAUUUGUUCUGUCUGCAAUUCAUCCUGACAAGAUGCAGAAAGCCCUGGAACAGAUUUAUAAGGUAUUAAGACCAGGAGGUAUUGUUCUCUUCAGGGACUAUGGACUUUAUGAUCAUGCCAUGUUGAGGUUUAAGUCGGGCAAUAAGCUGGGCGAGAGUUUCUACGUAAGACAGGAUGGGACCCGCUCCUUUUUCUUCUCAAGAGAGUACUUGGCUGGAUUGUUCCAACAGGCAGGAUUUGAGACUCUAGUGAACGAGUAUGUGUUGAGAGAAACUGUGAAUAAAAAAGAGGGCCUGUGUGUUCCCCGAGUGUUCCUGCAGAGUAAAUUUCUCAAAUCUGUUCCAUCAUUAUCACCAGCAUAAAUGUCACAUUUUUGUAAAUGUAUUUUUCAAAGUGU